AUGAGUAUGUCGCUGGACAAAUCAUUAGAUGAAAUUAUUAAAGACAAAAAAAAAAGUAGUGUCUUUCGAAGACCAGGAAAAUCUGAUCGUCAGAAUAGAAUUGUUAAAAGACGAGGAAAGAAACUAGUACAAAAAUCUACUUCUCAGAAUCCUUCUAUAGACAACGAACCAUGGCAGCAUGAUUUGAACCAGGAAGAUGACUCUUCCGAGAACUUAAAGUAUGGUCACAAAGGAAGAGAUAGAAACUCCUUCUCUGAAUCUUUACACACUGUUGUAAUUGAAAAUUUACAUUAUGAGCUAUCUGAAGAGAAUAUCAGGUCACUGCUAUCAGAUUUUCAUCCUCAUUCUAUUGUAGUGGAUUAUGAUCGCGCCGGUCGUUCUGAAGGAACUUGUCGCGCCCUCUUCUUUUCGAAAGAAGAAGCAACAACUGCUGUGGAUUCUUUAGAAGGUCACUUUGUUAAUGAUCAGCCUAUCAAGCUAUUUUUGAAACCUCCUACAUCCCUGCUGGAUCGAAUUUCUUUUUCCAGCACUGCUGAAAAUGCUAAUAAAAAAGCUCCUUCCAAGAAGCUCAACCGUUCAAGAAGUGAAAAACGGAUUUCCCCAGUCCAUCCCGUUUCACACGAAGAUCUUGAUCGUGAACUUGAUGCUUAUACAGCUUCCUACCAAGCACCUUCAAGUUUUGAAGACAAGCAAAAAAAAAGCUCUGGUAAUGCAAAAUAUGUAGGGGAAGGUAAAGGCGAUGGCACAAUACUUGCUCAAGAUACAGAGGAUAUGCAGCUUGACGACCCGUAG